AUGGUUCUAGCUCUGUGCAGGCAUGUCACUCCUCUGCGCCUAACAAUUUUAGGAUAUGUGGCCUGGUUUGCCGCAGUUGUAGGAGUUACCCCAAAACGGCUAGCAUUCACCAUCUUGCCAUUUAUGGCACUUGGUGCAUGGUGUGGAGGAUGGAUCUCCCAGAGAACUCUGCCGCUUAGUAUUCUAGCGAUAACUCGAACCAUAGUUCUUCUUCUUCUUCCACUGUCCUUGUUGAGGACCGAAUUUGAAACGGAAGUUGGUAUUAUUGGAAGCUUGGUAUUAUUGGAAGCUCGUAAGGCUGACCAAAGCAUAGAAGUUGAAAAUUUGGAGUUUCGAACGGGAAGGAAACGAAAGAGGGAAGUUGAAAAUUGGUUGACAAAUGAACAAAGAAUAAAAGAUGAGGUACGAAGUAUAGAACAAGAAGUCCCUGGGGGCAUAAAUCUUUCACACAUACAUCUUGGGAAUCAAAUUGAGAAAAUGACCAAGGAAGUGGAAGAACUUUUAGAACAAGGUAAAUUUGCUGAAGGGCUCACAGAAGAUGUGCACGAACCCUUAGAACUAUUGACAGUGAAAUUAGUGGGCCAAAAAGUAGAAGAGAGCAUGAAAAAACUCUUGGCAUGCAUAAUGGAUGUUUUGUUCAGCCUUGGCAUCUACGGAAUGGGGGGAGUUGGGAAAACCACACUUGCAAUGCAUAUCCACAAUGAACUCUUAAAGAAUCCUCGAAGUUAUGAUCGUGUUUACUGGAUCACUGUAUCUCAACAAUUCAGUAUUUACAAAUUGCAGGGUGACAUUGCCAAAGAACUUGGCCUAGAAAAUCUUCCUUCGGAGGAGAAUAGAGGAAAAAGAGCUGCCACUUUGUUCAGAGCAUUGGCAAACAGGAAGAAAAUGGUGCUAAUUUUAGAUGAUAUGUGGGAGCAUUUUACCCUGGAAAAAGUCGGGAUACCUAUUGGGCCAGAUGGGCCUAAGUUGAUUCUAACCACUCGAUCAUUAUCAGUGUGUCGCCAAAUGGUUUCCCAAGAAAUAAUCAAAGUGGAGCCUCUUUCAAAUGACGAAGCUUGGGAGCUAUUCAUGGAAAAAAUCAAGCCUUAUGAUAAACUUUCUCCAGAUGUGAAAGUUGCUGCUAUGUCCAUGGCUGAAGAAUGUAGGGGUUUGGCACUUGGGAUAAUCACAAUGGCUAGAAGCAUGUGAGGAGUCAAUGACAUUCAUGAAUGGAGGACUGUUGUGAAGGAAUUGAGAGAAUCAAAGUCAGGGAGACCUGAUAUGGAAGAGGAGGUCUUCUCUAUAUUGAGAAUCAGCUAUGGUCACCUGAAGGAUCCAAUAGUGCAGCAGUGUUUCUUAUAUUGCGCACUGUUUCCCGAAGACAGUGUAAUGAAAAGAAAGAAAUUGAUAAGGUACUUUAUUGCCGAGGGACUGAUAGACAGAAUGGACAGUAGGCAGGCCGAGUUUGACAAGGGUCACACCAUAUUAAAUGAACUGGAAAACUCUUGCUUGCUAGAAAAUGCAACGAGGGGUGAAAACUCAACAUAUGUGAAGAUGCAUGAUUUGGUAAGAGACAUGGCGCUACAAAUAAGUGGUCCUAGUUUCUUGGUAAAAGCUGGACUUGAAUUGAGAGAAAUACCGGAGGACUGGGCACAGGAUCUAGAGAGAGUUUCCUUAAUGCAUAAUGAUAUGACAGAAAUUAAGGCAGGGAUGUCACCAAGAUGUCCUAAACUCUCAACCUUGAUGCUACAGGAAAAUCGUUUGAAGAAAAUUCCAGGAUCUUUAUUUUUGCAGAUGUGUGCCCUUAAAGUUCUUGAUUUAUCUAGAAAUACAGUUCUACAGAGGCUACCAAAUACCAUAUCAGACUUGGAGAAUCUUACUGCAUUAUUGCUUAGAGAUUGUCGGAGUCUAAAAUAUGUGCCUUCACUAGCAAAGCUUCGGGCAUUAAAGGAGUUGGACCUUGGAGGGACUGGUAUAGAAGAAGCACCUGAAAGUAUGGUGAAUUUGGUCAACCUGAAAGUCUUGUAUAUGGAUUGUCUAAAGGAGAAUGUAGUUGUAGGAGAAGAGAUACUGCAUCAAAUGAGGGAUCUCGAAAAAUUUGUUGGCCGAUUUGGGGAUGUGAGAAGAUUUCCCCCACGGCUGAAUGCCUACUCUAUAAUAGUUGGAUCCGGAAAUGUUGAUGAUUUUGAAGAAAUGCAGUGGUAUUCUUCUAGAGCAGUAAUUUUAAAGGGGUGUAGUGUGAAUACCGAGAUCCUUGUUCAUUUACCUCCUAACAUUGAGUACCUAAAUUUUCAUAGGUGUCAUGAUUUAAGGGCACUUCUAUGCGGCACAUUUUCUAGUCUCAAAGUGUUGAAAAUAGGUGGGUGCCCAAAAAUCAAGAAGCUGUUCACACGUGGGUUCCUGCAGCAAUAUCUUCCUAGCCUGGAAAAAAUCAUUGUCCAGAACUGCGAGCAAAUGGAGGAGAUAGUAGCAGGUGAAGAAGAAAGAGAAGUCAAUGGCACAUUUUCAAGUCUCAAAGUGUUGAAAAUAGGUGGGUGCCCAAAAAUCAAGAAGCUGUUCACACGUGAAUUGCUGCAGCAAUAUCUUCGUAACCUGGAAACAAUCAGAGUCUGGGAAUGCGAGCAAAUGGAGGAGAUAGUAGCAGGUGAAGAAGAAAGAGAAGUCAAUGGCACAUUUUCAAGUCUCAAAGUGUUGAAAAUAGGUGGGUGCCCAAAAAUCAAGAAGCUGUUCACACGUGGGUUGCUGCAGCAGUAUCUUCGUAACCUGGAAACAAUCAGAGUCUGGGAAUGCGAGCAAAUGGAGGAGAUAGUAGAAGGUGAAGAAGAAAGAGAAGUCAAUGGCACAUUUUCAAGUCUCAAAGAGUUGGAAAUAGUUGGGUGCCCAAAAAUCAAGAAGCUGUUCACACUUGGGUUGCUGCAGCAAUAUCUCCCUAGCCUGGAAACAAUCAUUGUCGAGAACUGCGAGCAAAUGGAGGAGAUAGUAGCAGGUGAAGAAGAAAGAGAAGUCAAUGGCACAUUUUCAAGUCUCAAAGUGUUGGAAAUAGUUGGUUGCCCAAAAAUCAAGAAGCUGUUCACACGUGGGUUGCUGCACCAAUGUCUUCCUAGCCAGGAAACAAUCAAUGUCCAGAACUGCAAGCAAAUGGAGGAGAUAGUAGCAGGUGAAGAAGAAAAUGAUGACUGGGCAACUGCUGAUCUAAGUAUUACCUGUUCAGCCUCAAACAAUGACGAAAUCGGCAUAAAAACAAUCCACCUUCCAAAAUUGAGGAUAUUACGGUUGUGGAAUCUACCAGAAUUGAAAAGCAUUUGUAGGGGAAAGAUGGUUUGUGAUACUCUUCAUACUUUUGAUAUAAUAAGGGAGUGUCCAAAGCUAAAGAGGCUCCCUCUUCUCCCCCUGCGUCUCAUGGAUGGACAACCAUCUCCUCCCCUUGCUCUCCAGGAAAUCAUUGCUGAUAAUGAUGAAUGGUGGGAAUCGUUGGUCUGGGACCAUCCCGCUGCUAAACCUGCCCUGCAACUUCCUCAAUAUACGUAGAUGCUACUAAGCAGUUUUAAGAAAUGCCUGAGAAGAAGACACCAUCAUAGUCUCACAUUAUUUACUAUAUUUGUGAGCCAUGAUUGGAAUGAAGUUAUGAAUGGUCUGAUAUGCAUGUACAUUUUUGAUCAAAAAUGCUAAAUCUAGCGAUCUAAAGUUAAAUUUAAAUUUUUUCACAGAACAUAUUUUUUUAGUAGUUAAAAGUGGAAUUGCAUUAUAAUUCUAUUUUCAGAAAUUAUUAAUCUAUUCCAUAAAAGCAUAUGUAUUGUAGACUCAGAAACACCUCAACAUCCUCCCAAAUUGGACAUUCUCAUGUGCUAACUAUAAUUGAGACAAGUUGUGCCUUUAUUACAGCAUUUUUUUUCCUGGAG